AUGAGUGCACAGAAACCAGAAGGCAAAACAGGCAUUGUUUACAUAUCCCGUAUUCCACCACACAUGAAAUCCGGUAAGCUACGCCACAUUAUGUCUCAAUAUGGUCCAGUAAAAAGAAUGUAUCUUAAAAACGAACCAAUGUGGAGAUACAAACAACGUCUUGAGAAGGGUGAUAGAAAGGGUAGGCUUUUUGAAGGCGGUUGGGUUGAGUUUGAAUAUAAAGUUCACGCAAAACAAUGCGAAGAACAAUUAAAUGGCAAGCCAAUCAAUUUAAAGGGACGUUGGCAAGAUGAUAUUAUGACACUUAGAUAUUUACAUGGCUUCAAAUGGAAAGAUCUUGAAAACGCACUUGAAGAAGAGCGUAAUAAGAACAAGACCACAGUUUCUAAUGAAAAUGAAAAGGCAAAGGCUGAUGCCAAGAAAUUCCUCAAGCAUACAAAGGCUAUUGCUGCUGGUGCAAAGGAAAUUUCCAAAGAACAUAAAAAGAUUGUUAACGAGCAAGAUGAAGACGAUAAUGAUGGCGUUUUCAUUGAUGCUGAUCAGAAAUUAUCUGAUGAAGAUGAUGAAUAG